AAAUCCAUGAGGUACCAUACGUGUGGGAUGUUAAGUUACAUCCCCUUCCCCUUGAAUCACACAUAAGAAUUGACGUUCUUCAAAGCUUCAUCAUCCAUGUAUUUUAUGAAUGCGUUACUUGGUUAUGUCAUGCCAUAUCUAGCGGUGAUAUUCAAUCUAGUGUCGUCACCCACGAUGGACAAGCGGGGUGGUGUUGAUUAUUAUGACCCAACUGGCAGAGGCGGGUCGAUGCUCAUCAACGCUGGCGAUGGAUAUGGUGAACCUAUGAAUGUCAUAAUCUCUGGUCUUAGCUCUCCCGCUGUUCUCACACUUGACGGAGCUAUCAAUUUUGCCCGUGCUAUCGGAUUUUCUAAAGAAUGUUUCGGCCUUCACUUGGGCGGUUAUAUGCCUGCCAACUUGGGAGAUGGAAACGGAUGGGUCAAUCAAACCAUUGAACUUCGCCAGGACUAUGGAAACGCAGGAGGCGGAACGUGUUUGGAGAGCCUCGUCGGAGGAAAUCAUUUUCGUAUUUUUGUACAGAACGGUACUGCAGCGGACAGUGGCGCUCUCUUCCUAGCCGUGUCUCGAGAGGAGCCCGUAUCAAAACAUCAUGAUAUAGUACCAAAUGGGUACAAUAUUGGACGCGACCAGUUGGUGUCAGCAGCGAUUGGUCAAACAAGGUAUCAUGGGGUCAAAUACCACACUAUCGCCCAAAACAUCACUGGUCUACUCGAAGCUGGCACCGAUGGUAUUAACCAUGGCAUCGCUCAGGAUGGUAUUAUUACGUUGUUGACCGUUACGAUCGAUUGAGAAUCAUAUCACUUUUUCCUUUCCUUGAUUUUUUGCUCGUCUCAUUGUCGAGUAUUGACAAGUGAAGAUGCUAGAGUAGUGCUACAAGUGUUGUGUGGUGUGGUGUGACACAAAUCAAUGAAGUAAAGCCAAAUGCAAAGAAUUCGAGAAAAAUCUUGGACAGGACCAAAGACUGUUGAUCCAUGACACUCACAAAUCAAGAUCCACUUCUCCC